AUGUCUCAAAAACUUCUUAGACUCCAAGAGGAAGCUAAUAAUGUCGGUCUUCAAAUCAACGUGGCGAAAACCAAAGAAAUGAGGUCAAAUACUCCCAACAACCAAGAUCUAUACCUCUCCAACCGAGCCAUCGAAAGAGUUGAUGAAUUUCAGUACCUGGGAAGUAUGGUUCACAGCGAUGGGGGCACAGAGAAAGAUACAGAGGAAAGAAUUUUGAAGGCACAAAGAGCUUUUGGCAUGCUUACACCUGUGUUUGUUAACAAGUGUCUUCGAAGAAUAUUGAGAAUUUUCUGGCCCAAUCAAAUUAACAACGAAGAACUGUGGAGAAGAACAUCACAAAAUCGAAUAGAUAUCGAAAUUAAGAAAAGAAAGUGGGGCUGGAUUGGGCACAUUUUGCGCAGACCCCACAAAGAUAUCGCUAGACAGGCACUUGAAUGGAAUCCAGAGGGAAGAGGUGCCAGGGGAAGACCAAGGAAUACCUGGAGAAGAACAGUAACCUCUGAAGCCCAAGAGGUCGGGAAAACAUGGGGAGAGAUCAAACAGACAGCUCAGAAUAGGAUCAAAUGGAAACAUCUCUUAGAAGCCCUAUGUCCCACGAAGGGAUGA